AUGCUGCUUUUCUCAUGGGCACCUCUUGUCUCUGUUCCUCUUAGCAAGAGCACACGCACUAAAGAAAUGGAGAAACUCAGUCGGCUGGAAGCUCUGCUGCUUACUGCUGUGCUGGAGAACUGUGCUGAUCAGCUCGCAAUCCUUGGCUACAUCAUGCCAGUUUCACAUGAGGGCAAGACAGACACCAGCCAUAUCAACAGCCAGAAAACGAAAGAAAUCACAGACACCCAGAAUGUGCUGGACAUUAAGUAUCAAGAGCUCAGCUCUGCAAGGCAGGGGAGGGGGGAAACUGUUACCUCCAAGUCUUGGAAAAGCACUGAAUGCAAGCAGCAGCUGGCGAACUCUGAGAAUCCAAAAAGAGCCCAUCACAUUUCCACAAGGGCCAUGAAACCCAGUGCUCUGUCUGCAGAUGAUCUCAGAAAAAUUCAGGCUGACAGGCAGCAUGUGAGUGAUGUAAUUACAGCCACUGUGAAGAAGAUGGAGGAAUCAGGAACAUUUGAUAGCCUAAUAGAAGCUAAUGGGAGAGAGAAGGCAAAGAAAAGCAACUUGAAUGACAUCCUCAUCAGGGAGGAAGAAGGAAAGAAAGAGAUAAAGUCACUCCAGAAACAGCUGCAAGAUGUCAAGAAAGAAACUGAAAUAGAACUUCAGAACCGAGACAAAGUGAUUCUCUACCUCAAACAUGAGCUUCAACAGAUGGAAGCCAAAGCAGCCAUGGAGGACCGGUACAUGAAGAGAAGCACAGACCUCCAGGUGCACCAAAUCCAGAAGAAGUGCAGCAAUGCAGAGAACAGACUGAAGAAGGAAAUUGAGGAUUUGAAGAGGAAAACUGACGAGGAGAUCCGAGUGCACAUGGAGAUUGAAAAUUUCCUCAGGCAUUACCACAAGAAGGUGGAAGAGAAGCUGGAAUACUGGGUGGACAAGCAUGAAAAUGACACAGACGCUAAAGAUAAAGAACUCAACGCCCUGAAAGAAUCAAAGGCAAAGAACAUGGAAAUGCUGCAGAGAUUUGCCAGCGAGUGCUGGACGUUUGAGGAAACCAUCAUCGCUGACCGGGCACAAAAAGAGGCUGAAAGACGAAAACGAGAGCAGGAUGCCCUGGAGCUGAAGAGCAUCCUGAAGCUGCAGGCCUGGUGGAGAGGCACAAUGGUGCGCAGAAACCUCGGCCCCUAUCAGAACCUCCGGAAGGCUCAGGAGAAGAAUCUGUCAAAUGAGAAAGGCAAAAAGGAAAAACCUGGAGCAAAGAAAAAGACGCGCUAAGAAAUGUGGCCACGGAUGUACUCCAGGGCUCCUACUGGGUAUGCAAGUAGAUAAGGGGAAAAGCUUUGGAAAGAAUCCAUACCACAGCAAUAGCUGCGGCAAACAGGACUUAAGAACGGGAAGGCACGGUUAGUGUGAG